GGGACCCUAUCACCGUUGGGACUCGUACUGCUUGAGUCACGUCUUAUGCCGGUAGAUUUAACGAGCCUUUCCGUUCCCACUCCCUGUUCCAACUCUUUCCUUUUAUUCCAUUGACGCACAGCGCUUUCUGUGAGCCAAAUUCAUCAGUUUCUGAUACUUCCCUUUCCUUUUCGAGCACUAGUAUUCGAUAACGAACUGCUGGUUUUGACCCCAAAAAAAAAAGAAAUGAACUGCUAAGUGAGUGGUGACUGAGAAUUGCUCAAGAUUUCCCGUCUCUUGCAAGACAGAAAAGAGCAACGGCUCCAGAGAUUGGAAUUCUUUGUGUGUAAUAAAUACUCCGUAAGAGUAGAUAAGAGGAAGAGGGGAAAGAGAGGAAGAUGGCUGGGCAGGGGUCUUCUUGGAAUUCAACUCCACUGCAAGUGUUGCAUGCUCUUCUGGGAUGGAUUGCGUUUGCAUCGUGGUCUAUCAGCUUCUAUCCCCAAGUCAUCUUGAACUUCCGGCGUAAAAGCGUUGUGGGCUUGAAUUUUGAUUUCGUGCUGUUGAAUCUCACCAAGCACUCUUCCUAUCUCAUCUACAACGCUUCCCUCUUCUUCAGUUCUGCUGUUCAACGCCAGUACCAUCAAAAAUUUGGCUUUGAUCAGAUGAUUCCAGUGGCUGCCAAUGACGUAGCCUUCUCAGCCCAUGCGGUUCUGCUAACUGUGUUUACCUUGUUCCAGAUUGCAAUCUACGAGCGUGGACAUCAAAAGGUUUCUAAAACUGCAACCGCGAUUGUCGCAGCAGCUUGGUUAGCUGCUGCAGUCUGUGUUUUUGUAGCAGUUCCCCACAAGAAGUGGCUUUGGCUGGUGUCGUGCUUCAACACAGUGCAAGUUGUCAUGACAGUCAUCAAAUACAUUCCUCAGGCUGUUAUGAAUUUCAAAAGGAAGAGCACCAUUGGGUGGAGCAUUGGCAACAUUUUGCUUGAUUUGCUUGGUGGUGUGACCAACUAUGCACAAAUGGCCGUGCAAUCCAUUGAUCAGAAAUCCUGGGUGAAUUUCUACGGAAACAUAGGCAAGACUCUGCUGUCCUUGGUGUCCAUUUUCUUUGACAUUCUCUUCAUCCUGCAACACUACGUGCUCUACCCAUCCAAGCAGAAGGCUUCACCUCCUAAACUUGAUGUGGUUAGCAAGGAGCCAUUAAUUGAAUCCUCCGAAAACGCACAUUCUGACAAUGUAUGACUGACGCACAUUCAUUUUCGAACACUCUCCAGCUGUAAAACAGGUUCUGUAUCGCGACAUUUUAUUAUUGUUAAAUUGGACUUAGCAUCUAUUCCUGUUGAGAUGUAAUUAAAUUCCGUCCCUCCUCCGCUAUGCUUCUGGCUGCUGAAUAAAACAAGGUUAUUAACUGGUGGCUGGUGGUAAUCUCUUUUACAGCACUUGAUGAUCUGACAGGCAUUUGCAAACGGAGGACUCGUUAAAAACAACUCUAAAGUCUAUUAGCUGCCAGAAGAUACAUACAUAUAUGAAAUACAUCAUACACGUAUAGCACUAGAAAAGUUCGUUUUACUACUAUUAUUAGAUUACAUCAUAUGUUUUUUUUGCUUGUCAAUAAUAUGAUUUUUAUUCAGCGGAUCAAAGAAUAUCCGAAGGAAACGGGCAUUGAUGUGUUCUUCCAAACUCACAGGAGACCCUUUACCCCUCUACGAAGGAAAUAAGAGAAAACAAAUCCAAAUCAGCCAAAAACAAUAUGAGGUGUGAGGUGUCACUUUCGGUAUGUAUGACCGCCUAAAAAAACCUUGGCUUACACGUACUUUUCACAGUUGACGAAGCAAUCGCCUUCCUUCCCAAGUUUUCUAGCCAUCUUCCUCGCAACUCCCAACUUCAUUUAACUAAAGGAAAGGUAAAACGAAAGAAAGAGUGGAAUAUAAAUAAUUGUAAUCCCACCACGUUAUGCAAGUCUCGUACCAAACGAAACUGGUAGUACUAUAUAACAAGAAGCCUGGCCAUCCUCAUCCCAGUCCCCAUUUGCUGCUGAUUUUCACAUCCAUCAAAUUCAUUCAUUCAUUCGUUCGUUCAGGCAGCCAUGAAGAGGGAGGGGCGUCAACACGGCAUGGUCCAAACCCACCCCAUCAUUUCCUCACCUUGGAGGCCGAGGCACCCCCCAGCCGGCUGGAAUCAACCUCCACGGCUGGUUGCUUUGCUAAGGUGCCCCAAAAGCCUACCAACCGCUCCAAGUUCACGGGCAAGUGCGGCCGCCCAAGGUGUGCUUCUUGUCACUUCCAUCCCGCCGGUAAAGCUAAGGACAAGACCAAAGGGACUCACAAGCUGAAGUCGUGCGAUGUUGUUACGAAUUACAGAUUGGUUACUUGGCGGGUCGUGGAUGCGAGGCCCGGGUUCAACUUUACCGGGUUUUCGGCCACUGGGAUUUUGGAUCAUUUGGCCAAUGAUUGUUACAGUGAUGAUGUUGGAGAUGAAAUUGAUGAUGGGGAUGAUGAUGUUUACGAUUAUUACUACCGUCCUGCUGAUCGUCGCCAUCAUCAUCAUCCAGCCGAUUGGGUAGUUGACUCUGCCCUUGCAGCAUCAACUGGUGUUGCUAUUGGGGAGCUGCAGGAUGAGUUUGAUGACGACGACGACGAAAAAAUGAGCUUCUGUGACGUGGGUUUUGCGUGGGAGCAGGUGGAGGAGGAGGGAGAUGAUGAAAUUGGAGGUUGGUGUUUGGUGGAAGAAAUUUGACGUCGCUUCAAGUCCUUCUUCUGCUAGCACUCUCUUUUUAUUAUUCUUAAUGGUUGCUUCUAUGUGAUUGUAAGUAAUUAUGCACCCUUUACAUUUUAUUAUUGUUAUGGCUGUUAUUAUUAUUAUUUUGUGGGGAAGACCACCCUGUGCAUUAUUGUACAAGUAAUUGUGACCAUUUGAAAAAGAAAAAGAAAGAAAAAAUUGUUACCA